GCAUGUCACGAGGGAUAGGAGUGGUUCCAGGGGGGAUAGACCAAAGUCUAUGUAUGGCAUCCUAAAGAGCCCAUCUCAUACACCUGUUUCACAGAAUACUGACUCUGGGGUGUGGUCUUCUCCCUAUGAGCCUCGGGAAACUCGACAGCGCCCACAGUCCAUGUAUGACGAGGCACAGCUUGAUGUCAAUUGGCAGAUGCAGCAGCCUCAACCAACCAAUCAGGGUGUUCCAGAGAGCUGCACGAGUCACAGUCUCCCUGGUCAUUAUGCGGCACCUUCUGUUCCACCCCCUCCCCAGCACCCUCCACCAAGGGUUCAUAGGUCACACCCCCCUACUCCCACCCAUAGGCCUCGCUCCCCUCACGUCCAUAUGCAGCAGCCUGUCCCCCAAGGUCAAGGACCACAAAGCUCGCCUCUCCCCCAUAGGUUGCCACGGAGACAAAGUUUUGAUAGUGAUCUCUUACCCCCUCCCCCUCCUCCCCCACCUUUACCCCAAGCCCGUAACUAUGGUAACAACUAUACAAAUGGCUAUGGAAGCAGUGUAACUCCGUCUCCACCCCAAAGUGGUUCAAGUUACGGAUCAUUGCAACCCUUGAAUUACCGAGUAGGGUCAUCCACAUCCUCUAGUCAACAAAAUAUUGAGAAUCACCACGGGGGACCACCAGGUCACCAUAGCAACCAACAUGAGUACUAUAGCAACUAUGAUGAACAACAAAGGAGAAAGAGGGAAAUCCUAUCACAUAUGUAAACCCCUUCAAAGAUGUUAAACUGAAAAAGACAAUUACCCAUGACAGAUCUGCCCCAAGGUUACAGUAGGCUGAUUUCCAAAUUGGAUGUGCCUCAUGGAAUUUAGGAAAUUGCCUCACAUAACUUAAGCUGUGCCUCAUAUUUUAAGAAUUUGCCUCAUUGGGCUAACCCCAUUUGAGAAAUAGAGAGUAACAUGCAUCAUGCUUUUAUAUUUAAUCUAAAGCAGUAUAACCAGUGAAUAUCACCUUAUCUUGCAUGACUAGUUUUGACUAAUCACACAACUACAACUUGACAGUACCAUGGUGAUCCUGGAUAUAUACGUCAUGAGGCUAACCUUGUGACAACAUUGAGAAAUGUAAAGAAUCUCAUGGAUGAAACUGAAUGGCCACAGUCAUUGUCUUUUCCAAGGGAGAUGAUCUGUACAUUUCAUAGCUUACAGAUCUAAGGAACCUAUCCCUACACUUGGGACAAUUUAAAUGGUACUAUAAAUGAGACGAUUACUAGUAUACAAUGCAAUUGUACAAUUUGACUGAUAUUUACAAUGAAUGUCACCAAUAAAAGAAGCAAUUCAUGAGAGGAUUUCACCUAGAUCAAUAUCAUAAACUAAUACUCAGAUGUGCAUUAACACACAAUGGCCACCAAUAUGCAAAGGCAUUGCUAAGCAUGAGGUUGUCAAGGCAACUGCCUCAACAAAUCUUUAAAAGAUAAAUUGAAAUAAUAUUUUUAACUGAAACUAUAAAAUGAUAUCUAAAACUAGCAUUAUAUUUUAUGUUAUUUACAUGAGCUUUGUCUCAUCUUUUUUAUACUGUCCUUGCCUAUCUUUGACUCUGGCUACACCCUUGUAUAAAUAUAUCAUACAUAUAAGAAAAAUGAUCCACACUGGAAAGAGAUCCACACUGGAGAGUCCAGAAUUUCAUUGGCAACAUGUGAUUUUCUCAAGUUUGUUGGUUAAUGUAAAUAAGAUCAAAUAUAAUCCUAACGUUUGAUAUUAUUAAUUUAUAGUUCAGUUAAGAAUAAAGUUUGUAUAUUCUUGAAAAAGCACCUGUUUUAGGGAUUUUGCAACUAUUUCCAUGGUCACAUCAUUUCCAUGGUAACAUAUGAUUUCCAAUAAUUUUGUCUGUUUUUAUUAUAUAUCUGUUGUCAGUAAUUUUACCACAACUCCCAAGAGUGCAAUUAAAAUAUUGGAAG